AUGGAACGAAUUCACUCAUCUCACCAGCAACAGGAACCCGACGACGUCAGCUACUUUUUCGUGCAAUCAGUUCUCAAUAACAUCAUCUGCGUCCUUUCGAAAGUUUGGUGCCAGGUCGUGAUCCUUGUCAUUUCCGUCACCGGACUACUGCUGUUCAUGUACUUUUUCCCGGUCGUUAUGCUUUAUUUUGCCAUUGGGAUCUUUAGUCUGUACGGGGCGUGGGGCGUGUACAGAUGCGCAAGCGCAGGGUUGAGAAGAGGCGGGUGUGGAAGACCGGAAGUGCGGGAGACUUGUUCCGGGUUUCUCGGGAUUUUAUUCCCCAUGACUUGGCUGGUUACUGGCUUGGUUGAUACCCCGGUGUGGCGAUGGAACUGGCUUAUCCACGUGAUCAUCGGGGCUUGUGUUUGCAUCGAUGGGGUGGCGCAAGUCAGACCGACUUUCAAACUGGUGGCUUGUACCAGUGUUAUUUUGCUGGUGUACGACGUCUUCUUUGUGUUCGUGUCGAGAUUGUUCACAAGCGACGGGGUGUCCAUCAUGGAGAAGACGUUAGUUAUGAGCAUACAACGAUUAAAGCUCCUAGGUCCUCGCCCAAAGCUUGGCUUGCAACGCUUAUGCCUCAGCGUCCCGGCAGCCAGUCUCAAAAACGUUUAUGGGAACCGGAAGGCCUAUCCAGAGGCGGGAUCGAUUUUCACCUACAACCAGGACGACGCAGACAGUGUUUGUGGCCUGCGAGCCUUCUCCAUGCUCGGCUUUGGGGACGUCAUCGUGCCUGGGUUUUAUGCAGCCUAUUGCUUCCUGUUUGAUUUGAUCAGAGCUGGGGAUCAACGGGCUUCCAGCCAACUGGAGCCGCCGGGGUUUCUCGCCAGGUGGUUGUACGGGAUUUCGACGAUGAUCGGCUACGUCAUCGCAUUGAUACUGGCGUUUUUAAUUCAAGUAAUAGUUCCGGGUGCUGGUGGCCAACCUGCCUUGCUGUACCUUGUCCCAGCCAUGAUUGGUGCAUCAUUAAUUGUUGCCACUAAGCGAAAAGAACUGAGAGAAUUUUGCUUAGGACUCGAUGUGAAGAAGAUACAGAUCUCGGACAUCAGCGAACGAGACGAAGAAAAAAUUGUCUUGAGCAUGGAAACGAGUCAAUUUGAAAUUGCAGAGGAACUCUUGCAGAAUUUGUCUUACACUUAG